CCCCGCGGGCCCGGAGCGGGGCUCGGCUUAGGCACCGACUGCCGCCGAGCAGCCGUCCCCUGACGGGCUCGCUGCCUGCCGUGCUUGCCUGGAUGAGUCUGCGACAUGCCUAAUAAGAGACGAGAUGGGCCAGGGCGACGAGAGCGACCGCAUUGUGAUCAACGUGGGAGGGACUAGGCACCAGACUUACCGCAGCACCCUGCGCACCCUGCCCGGCACGCGGCUGGCCUGGAUCGCUGAGCCCGAUGCCCACAGCCACUUUGACUAUGACCCCCGCACGGAUGAGUUUUUCUUUGACCGGCACCCGGGCGUCUUCGCCCACAUCCUGAAUUACUACCGCACUGGCAAGCUGCACUGCCCCGCGGACGUGUGCGGGCCUCUGUAUGAGGAGGAGCUGGCCUUCUGGGGCAUCGAUGAGACCGAUGUGGAGCCCUGCUGUUGGAUGACCUACCGGCAGCACCGCGACGCCGAAGAGGCUCUGGACAGCUUUGGUGGGGCGCCUCUGGAUAGCAGUGCUGAGGACGGAGACAUAGAUGGCACAGGAGACUCUGGUGAUGGUGAAGAUGAACUGGAGAUGACAAAACGCCUAGCACUUAGUGACUCUCCAGAUGGCAGGUCUGGGAGCUUCUGGAGACGGUGGCAGCCCCGCAUCUGGGCACUCUUUGAGGAUCCCUACUCCUCCAGAUAUGCAAGGUAUGUGGCAUUUGCCUCCUUGUUCUUCAUUCUGGUCUCCAUUACCACCUUCUGCCUCGAGACCCAUGAGAGAUUUAACCCCAUUGUGAACAAGACAGAAACUGAAUUCAUCGGGAAUGACACCCAGGUGCGGCACUACAGGGAAGCAGAGACGGAAGCCUUUCUCACCUACAUCGAAGGUGUCUGUGUGGUCUGGUUUACAUUUGAGUUCUUGAUGAGAGUCACUUUCUGUCCAAACAAGGUGGAAUUUAUCAAAAACUCUUUGAACAUCAUUGACUUUGUGGCCAUACUGCCUUUCUAUCUAGAGGUUGGACUCAGUGGCCUGUCUUCCAAAGCUGCUAAGGAUGUCCUGGGCUUCCUCCGUGUAGUCCGUUUUGUGAGAAUCCUGCGAAUUUUCAAGCUGACCCGCCACUUCGUCGGGUUGCGGGUCUUGGGACACACCCUCCGUGCCAGCACAAAUGAAUUCUUGCUGCUCAUCAUAUUUUUGGCAUUGGGCGUCUUAAUCUUUGCCACGAUGAUCUAUUAUGCCGAGAGAAUAGGUGCUAAACCAAAUGACCCUAGUGCCAGUGAACACACACACUUUAAAAAUAUCCCCAUUGGCUUUUGGUGGGCUGUUGUCACCAUGACGACCCUGGGCUACGGAGACAUGUAUCCUCAGACUUGGUCAGGCAUGCUGGUGGGGGCCCUCUGCGCUCUCGCUGGUGUGCUGACCAUUGCCAUGCCUGUCCCUGUCAUUGUGAACAAUUUCGGAAUGUAUUACUCCUUAGCUAUGGCUAAGCAGAAGCUACCAAAGAAAAAAAAGAAGCAUAUCCCGAGGCCACCCCAGCUGGGAUCCCCCAAUUAUUGUAAAUCUGUCGUAAACUCUCCACACCACAGUACUCAGAGCGACACUUGCCCACUGGCCCAAGAAGAAAUUUUAGAAAUUAACAGAGCAGAUUCGAAACUGAAUGGUGAGGUGGCCAAGGCGGCGCUGGCAAACGAAGACUGUCCCCACAUAGACCAGGCUAUUACGCCUGAUGAGGGCCUGCCCUUUACCCGCUCUGGCACUCGGGAGAGAUAUGGACCCUGCUUCCUCUUAUCAACCGGGGAAUAUCCCUGCCCGCCUGAUGGAGGAAUAAGAAAGGAUCUUUGCAAAGAAAGUCCAGUCAUUGCUAAAUAUAUGCCAACAGAGGCAGUCAGAGUGACCUGACAAGACAAGAUGGAGAUGAACAUUGAUGGCUAAUAAACAUCUCUGUGGAACUGUGCAGGCAUAGAAGACCUUCUCAUUUGGACAAAGUUAACUCGCUCCAUGCAGGUUUUAUGGAUGAUUCUUUGUGGUUCUGGAGUUGUACUAGAGAUGCAGGCUUUUUCUACGGCCAAAAUGUAACAAAACUGUAGAAGAUCCCUUUUUUUUUUUAACCUAUUUUUUUGUUCCAUAGCAUGACUUGCAUGAAGACAAAAAUGAAAAUGAAAAAAACAACAACAACAAAACAAACAAACAAAAAAAAAACCAACAAAAUAACACACACAUGAGAAAUACUGCAAAUGUAUGAUUAAGGAGAAAAAGAAAAAAAACCCAACAAAGUUAUAUAUUAUAUAUUUUCUUUCAAAGCUCUUUACUUUUACAUACAUUGUUGUAGCCAAAAUGUAAAACGCUAUAAAACUGUACAUUUCUUUGCUAUGAAUCGCUUCUUUUUGUAUACAAGAUACAGAGUAAUGGUUUUAAAAAGUGCAAUCAGGCAGUCAUCGGUCAUAUUGACCACGCCUUCACAGUUCAUCACACCGACAUGGAAAUCAAGAACUUUUAAUCCAGCUAGAAGUGUAUAAAAAAUAAGAAAAACUUUUUCCUGUCUGUUUUUGUUGGCAUGCUUGUGACACAUGGGACCUUCCUUUGGACCUGACAGCAACAGCUGGUUAAUUUUCCAGCUCUGGUUAUGUUGUAUUUUAUUGAUGUAUAGAUCCAGCGUAGAGACCCUUCAUAAAUUGUUCAUAUUAAGUAAUCAGUAUGAAUUUUAAACAAAAAAGAUGUUAUUUUAAAACUCGGACUUAUAGUACAAAAUCAGGAAAAUACUCAAGUAUAAAUUGUCUCAAAGUUUAAGAAACAAGACAACAGCCUUGUAUGCAAUUUAGUACUGAGUAAAAUGCAUGCACAAUGUUAUGCAAAACAAGUCUAGCAUGAAAAUAAAUUUUGUAUCAUGGUUUCAGUGCCUGCUGUAUAGUGUAAAGGGGAAUCCUUUUCUGAAGCAAUCAUGGGUUUCCAGUGACUUGCUUCUAAAAUCUUGAAUAAAUACAGUGUUCUCAACAGAAAUGUAGGAGAAAA